AUGGUGAUNAGCCCAGGNCCUUUGUUGUUGGUCUUUGUGCUUAGACUGGUUGUGAUCCCUCCCACUCUGGCUCAGGAUGACUACAGGUACUUAAAAUUCCUGACUAAGCACUAUGAUGCCAAGCCAAAGGGCCAGGAUGACAGAUACUGUGAACUUAUGAUGAAGGAAANAAAGCUAACCUCGCCCUGCAAAGAAGUCAACCCCUUUAUCCAUGACACCAAGAACAAAACCAAUGCCAUCUGUGUAAAGAAUGGAAGCCCUUACAGAGAAGGCUUAAGAAUAAGCAAUUCUUGCUUCCAGGUCACCACUUACAAGCACACAGGAGGGUCUCCCCGACCUCCAUGCUGGUACCGAGCCUCUGCAGGGUUCUGA